GCCGAGGACGACGUUUAGCGCGUCCGCCCGUCGAGCCGUCUCGAGGUGACCGAGCGGCGGCUGACUUUUGGCUUUUUGCCGAACUUCACCAAUCGACUCAACUCGUGAGCUCGAAGCGAAGCUCCUCAACUCCGACUUAGUUCCUCGUCGCCGGGACGCCCCGUCGCGUCCGCUUCCCGCACCACAUUUGCUCCGUUUUGAAAUAGGCGCUUCGCUCAACAGAGUCGGGAAUCAGCGCGCCGCCCGCAGCCAUGUCCUUCGUGGUGCCUUUCGAUUACGACGACUACUCGGACCUGCUGAACGACUCGCACGACCCCUCCAAGAACCGUUCGGUGUUCGCGCCGGACCCCGACACGCUGCCGUGCGAGGCGCGGCCGGUGGACCCGGCGACCGCCGCGGCGCUGAGCGCGCUCCUCGCCGCCGUCUUCGUGCUGGCCGUCCCCGGAAACCUGCUGGUGGCGUGCGUGAUCGCGCGCGGCCGGCGCACGCUGACCCCUUCCGACGUUUACCUUUGCCACCUGACGGCGGCCGACUGCCUGAUGGCGCUGACCGUCCCGUUCUGGGCGACGGCGCUGACCCGCGGCUGGAUCUUCGGCGACGCCGCCUGCAAAGCGCUCAGCCUGAUCUUCGAGGCCAACUUCUACACCAGCGUCCUGUUCCUGGCGUGCAUCAGCGUGGACCGCUACCGGGCCGUGGUGCACGCCAACCGGACGCUCGCCGGCUCCCACAGGAAGUGCGGCCGGCUGGCGUGCGGCGGCGUGUGGGCCCUGGGCGUCGCCCUGGCGCUGCCGGCGCUCUUCAACGAGGCCGCGCGGCCGGACGGCGAGCGGGAGGCGGCGACGUGCGCCGAGAGCUUCGACGUGGGCAGCGCCCCCGCGUGGCGGGUGGCCACGCGGGCCGUCCGGCACCUGGUGGGGUUCCUGCUCCCGCUGGGCGUCAUGCUGGCGUGCUACGGCGUGACGGUGGCGCGCCUGCUGCGCACGCGAGGCUUCCACAAGCACCGCGCCAUGCGGGUCAUCACGGCCGUGGUGGCCGCCUUCGUGCUGUGCUGGACGCCGUACCACCUGGCCACGAUGGCCGACACGCUCGCGAGGUCCGACCUGAUCCCCUUCGACUGCGGGGGGCGGCGUUCGCUCAGCGCGGCGCUGGUCAUCAGCAACGGCCUGGCGCUGCUGCACAGCGGCAUCAACCCGCUGCUCUACGCCUUCGUGGGAGAGAAGUUCCGCAGAAACACCGAAGCGCUUCUUUGCAGGAAGCUCCGGCAGGAGCGGGCGUCGGGGUCCAAGUUCAGCAGGUCCACGUCGCAGACGUCCGAGGGACAGGGCGCCGUCGCGUGAAAGACUCCGCCCUCCUCCACGGCCCCGCCGGAUGGUUUUGUCCCCAUACGAAUCCAGAUACCGAUGAUGUCUAUCUAGUAAAGUAAUCCCACUCGCAACUGAAUAAAACAUUCAAGCAAUAAAACGACGACUCGAAAAUGCCCGCUCAAAAAUCACGACUCGGCGGUUACGACGGGAAAAAUCGCAAAGUCGAAAAUCAUGACACGACUCAAGAACCGCGACCUUUACACCGCUCGAAAGCAAAAAUGACCAAAUCUAAAUUCUGGAUCCAAAAAAUCAAAAGACCACCAAUUUUGAUUAAAAAAUAAAUCAAUUUUAAAAAUACCCAAAAAUCAAACAUUUGGACUCCAAAAUCACAACUCAAAAAUCAUGAAUCAAAAAAACGGCAAAAUGAAAAGAAAAAAAAAUCACAAAGCAAAAAAAAUGACUCAAAAAUGAGUCGAAUAUCCUGAAUCAAAAUUCCCCACUACCAAAUAACCACUCAAAAGUCUCGAUUCCCAAACGGCGAGCGAGCAUCUCGUUCGCACCCGCCGUAAGUUUGUCGGCCAAAUAAAAAGACGACACGCUCGGUCGGACGCCUUCUUUAUUUCUUUUUAUUGACGACACGUCUUUUUUGCGUUUAUCGGCGUCCGCUCCUCCGUGCGACGGCGUAGACCAGCGGCGGGAUGAGGGCGACGGGCGCCAGCGUGAGGACAGCCACCGCCCCUCCGGGCGCGUCCUCCGGGCGGCGCUCGCGGCCCGGGUCGGCGCAGCGGCCGAAGAAGGCGGAGUGGACGCGCAGGAAGGCGGACUGGACGGCGGCGUUGGGGUAGAAGCAUCCGGACCGGCGCGACAGUUUCUCCAGGCACACGCUCAGCCGGUCGUACGGCCUGCGGGGGGG